AAAGGGGGAAAAGAAAGUGCGGCGGAAAGUAAAAGGCUCAUUGGGGAAAGACUGCCCGGAUCCAGGGCUCCGGGGCUGAAAGCAGCAGUCCUGGGCGACACUGCACUCAUCUCCUCGGCUGUUGCGGCGCCGCUCAGCAUUCCAAGAAAGGAUGGCACUUCUGUGGUGUGUAAUGAGUCUUUACUUCUAUGGGAUUCUCCAAAGUGAUGCCUCAGAACGCUGCGAUGACUGGGGACUAGAUACCAUGAGACAAAUCCAAGUGUUUGAAGAUGAGCCAGCUCGCAUCAAGUGCCCACUCUUUGAACACUUCUUGAAAUAUAACUACAGCACAGCCCAUUCAGCUGGACUUACUCUGAUCUGGUAUUGGACUAGGCAGGACCGAGAUCUAGAGGAGCCAAUUAACUUCCGCCUCCCUGAGAACCGCAUUAGUAAGGAGAAAGAUGUACUCUGGUUCCGGCCCACCCUCCUCAAUGACACAGGCAACUAUACCUGCAUGCUAAGGAACACUACAUAUUGCAGCAAAGUUGCAUUUCCCCUGGAAGUUGUUCAAAAAGACAGCUGUUUCAAUUCUCCCAUGAAACUCCCAGUGCAUAGGUUAUAUAUAGAAUACGGUAUUCAGAGGAUUACUUGUCCAAAUAUAGAUGGAUAUUUUCCUCCCAAGGUCAAACCGACCGUCACUUGGUAUAUGGGCUGUGAAAAAAUAUUUGAUUUUAAUAAUGUGAUACCUGAAGGUAUGAACUUGAGUUUUCUCAUUGCCUUAAUUUCAAAUAAUGGAAAUUAUACAUGUGUUGUUACAUAUCCAGAAAAUGGCCGUACCUUCCAUCUCACCAGGACUCUGACUGUAAAGGUGGUAGGCUCUCCAAAAGAUGCAAUGCCCCCCAAGAUCCAUUCACCCACUGAUCAUGUGGUCUAUGAGAAAGAACCAGGAGAGGAACUACUCAUCCCCUGUACAGUCUAUUUCAGUUUUCUGAUAGACUCUCGAAAUGAGGUUUGGUGGACAAUUGAUGGAAAAAAGCCCGAUGACAUCCCUAUUGAUGUAACCAUUAAUGAAAGUAUAAGUCACAGUAGAACAGAAGAUGAAACGCGAACUCAGAUUUUGAGCAUCAAGAAAGUCACCCCUGAGGAUCUCAAGCGCAGCUAUGUCUGUCAUGCUAGAAAUGCCAAAGGGAUAGUUGAGAAAGCAGCCAUAGUGAAACAGAAAGUACCAGCUCCAAGGUACACAGUGGAGCUAGCAUGUGGAUUUGGAGCCACAGUCCUGCUAGUGGUGAUUCUCAUUGUUGUUUACCAUGUUUACUGGCUGGAGAUGGUCCUAUUUUACCGGGCUCAUUUUGGAACAGAUGAAACUAUUUUAGAUGGGAAGGAGUAUGAUAUUUAUGUGUCCUAUGCAAGGAAUGCCGAAGAAGAGGAAUUUGUAUUACUGACCCUCCGUGGAGUUUUGGAGAAUGAAUUUGGAUACAAGCUGUGCAUCUUUGACCGAGACAGUCUGCCUGGGGGAAAUACAGUGGAAGCAGUUUUUGAUUUCAUUCAGAGAAGUCGAAGAAUGAUUGUUGUCCUCAGCCCAGACUAUGUGACGGAGAAGAGCAUCAGUAUGCUAGAGUUUAAACUGGGUGUCAUGUGUCAGAACUCCAUUGCCACCAAACUCAUUGUGGUUGAGUACCGUCCCCUUGAGCAUCCACACCCAAGCAUUCUUCAGCUUAAGGAGUCUGUAUCAUUUGUGAGCUGGAAGGGAGAAAAGUCCAAACAUUCUGGCUCCAAAUUCUGGAAAGCCUUGCGGUUGGCACUUCCCCUAAGAAGUCUGAGCGCCAGUUCUGGCUGGAACGAGAGCUGCUCUUCCCAGUCGGACAUCAGUCUGGAACACGUUCAAAGAAGGAGAAGUCGUUUGAAAGAGAACCCAGAACUUCAGAGCUCAGAAAGUGCUGUGGGUGCACCUUCAACCCCAGGCACAAUGUCCAAGCACCGAGGGAAACCCUCUGCAGCCUGCCGCUGUUGUGUCACCUACUGUGAAGGAGAGAGUCACCUUAGGAACAAGAGCCGGGCCGAGAUUCAUAACCAGCCCCAGUGGGAGACACACCUCUGUAAGCCUGUUCCCCAAGAGUCAGAAACUCAAUGGAUACAAAAUGGCACCAGAUUGGAACCCCCUGUUCCCCAGAUCUCAGCCCUUGCUCUUCACCAUUUCACAGACUUAUCAAAUAACAAUGACUUUUAUAUCCUCUAAUUGCCAUGUGUGGUGGGUGGUGGUUGCUAUCUCUACCGACCCUCUUUAUGUCAUGAACCUGAGGGAAAAACUGACAUUUUUAUCAUCUAAUGGACUGUCAGAUUUGUGUCCCCUUUAUUGAUUUUUAAAAACUAUUUAUUUCUAGGAGACAAAAGACCUGAAGGACCUGAAUCCAGAAUUAUUGCUUCUAAUGGCCCCAGAAGAGCACACUCUUCCUGGGCCCUAGAAGGUCAGUAUGUGAAAGUCACCUAAAGUCUGAUCCUCUAUCUUGCCCAGUGGUUUAAAACUAAGCUAAGGAUUUAAAUGUGUUUCCUCUGAGUUUGUUAAUCAACUUCAUGUUGUGAGUGAGUCACGUGUACUUGGGCUAUGAUGCUUACAGGGUGUAUUUAUCUUAAGGGUGCAUCAUGGAAAGGAGCUGGUUCUGGUGGAAGCUGUAGCACUAAGCUCAACAGAAAACCUACCGUACAUUUUCCUUCGAUGAACCAAACAUAACCACCCAGGGAUACAUGGUAUUCUCUGUGUCACUGUAAACUAGUGUUCUCUAAACUGCCUAACGUUGUUAGCAUCAAUAAAAUUAUAUUUUUAUGUCA